AACAGUAGAGAGAGAAAGUAGAUCUGAGAAGAAACUCCCCACCUCCCCCUUCUCUUUUGCCCAAAUCUUGAUCCUUCAGGAUCUAGAUUGAAGGCUUAAGAGUUGGGGGAGGUCACUCCUUCUUCUCUUUCAGCAUCCUAAAGACUAUUGUUCUUCUCUCACCUUUGUGGUGUUUUUGCUCCCUUUGUGGUUAUAUCUGGCCUUGUCCAGUUCUUCUCUGGCUUUGUUCAGAUCCAGAGGACCUUGUUCCUCAUUUUUUAUUUUCUUUCUUUCUCUCUGUCAAUCAAUCCCACAUCUUUCCAUAUCAAUGUAUACCCAACCCCUAAAAAGCUCUUCCCUUUUCACUCCCAAACUCCAUGAAAGCUAUGGUGGCUGUGAUAAGAAAGUGCAAGGCACUUACCUAGGUGAGUAUGGGUGCUCACGCAUGGGUUCAUCACCCCCCAUUCUCCAUGGUUCUAGUUCUCGGUCCUCCUUCGGCAGCCACAAUGCUUUCUUGGUAUGGGUCUCUAUGGUGGAGAGUAUGGUGUUGUUUUGAGGGAUCUUAUCCUUUGGGUUGUUGGAUUUCACAUGAUUUGUGUUUUGGGCUUUGAUUGGCAUCGGAUAUACAAUACGGAACUACUUGGUGUUCUGCUUCCGGCAUCACAUCGGCGGCUCUCCGUGGUCGGCGGCGCGAGGUGGUCUGCAGUAACUAGGUUUUCUGUAUUGGAGUGGGCUUAUUCUUUGGGCCUUUGUUUCAGUUGUUUUAUAAGGGUUAAUUUCCUUAUACUGGCUCUUGUUGAGUCCAGUGGGAAAUUAAGUUUCCUUUUCUUUAUUAGUGGGUACUAAGUUAAGCCUUAUAGGCUAAUUUUGAGGCAGCUUAAUUGAUCCCCAUUUCCAAAAAAGAAAAAAAAAAUAAAAAUAAAAAACUCCUGAAUCAUAUCUCUAUUACUCAGUUGAGAUCAAAGAGUCUGAGACAUUUGAUACAUUACACCAGGCCAGAUCCCAAUUUCCCAACUCAGACAGCAGCAACAAUCCCAUACACUCUUUUGCCCAAAAAAAAAAAAAACAGACACUCACCGAACGCCACCCACCGACUGUCGUUACGACGUCGUUACAAGUUUGACUUGGUUUCGGCAUCAAAUUGCAAAAGGCGAGUGCGAUGGCAUUAGAUGUUGCUGAAUUGCUGUGGAGCAAGUUCUUGAAGUCUCUGGCAGAGCUAGACUCUGAAUCUAAUUCAGGUUCUAUUACCAUCUCUGUCUUCAAAUCAUCAAUAAAAGCUCUCGUGUCUGAUUUCGAAGCAAUCAAAGAUGUUGUGAAUGAGAGAGACAUAAUGCCGGAACCUUAUUCCUACUCUGAAACUAUCAAUCUGCUCUACAAACUCAACGAUGCAUUGGCUGACUGCCGAGUCUUCACACACGAGUGUAUGGAGCUUAAUAAUGUGAUCUCACGCUUCAACUUUCGAAGAUUUACUUUUGUCGCAAAGGUAAAGAGUCGGUUGACCAAAAUAAAGCAGGAGCUUGAGCACUUGCCGCAACAACAAAUUGGCAAUCCUCGGGCAAAGACCGAGUUCACCGGAUCCGGACCUAAAGUACCUUCAGCCAAAGUUUUCAGAUUUGAUGAGCAAUUAAGGGAGAUUAAUGAGGGGUUGCUACAAGCAGGGGGUUCCAGUUCUAGCAGUGCUGGUGAACUGAGGGCAAUUGGGGUAGUUGGAAUUGCUGGAGUGGGUAAGACCACCCUGGUUCAGAAGGUUUUGGAGAGCAAGGAAGUGAAGCAGAAGUUUAAUCAUGUACUUUGGUUACCCUUUUCGUUGAGUGAGGAAGAAGAACAAUAUAGUAAGUUCAGCUUUGAAACAUGUAUCUUUGAUAGUGAUGGCCAAAUCAUAGAGGCAAGGAUUGUUGGCCUUGAUAAGCUCCUGGAAAGGCUAAGCCGGCAGCUGUUAUCGGAUAAAUGCUAUUUGAUUGUGUUGGAUGAUGUGUGUCAUCGGCACAUUAACAUUAUGGAACGCUUAUGCAGCGGAUUGCCCAAGCAUAAUGGUGGUGUUGUCAUUGUCACUACUAGAUUGGAGGAAGUGGCUCAAAAGCUGGGGAAACAACAUAGAUUGCAUCUGGUUCAUGUUAAGCCUCUUGACAAAGAGAUUUGCGGGCAUAUAUUUGAGGAGCAGGCUUAUUCCAUUAGAAAAAGUUCAAACUUCUCAGGUGAUGAAGCUACGAGAAAGAUGGAGGAACUCAAGGAUCAGUGCCAUGGUCUACCGUUGGUUGCGAAGACGAUAGCAAAUGCUUUUGCAGUGGGAUUUGGAGGCGACGGAUCUGAACAGAGAGGUGGUGAUCACGGGGAGGAAGUAGGAAUUUUUGAAGAAUUAGUUGAAGACGACCAGGGUUCAAGAAUUGCUGACCUGAUCCAUCAUGUUCAAGAAUCUUCUUGAAUCAUCAGUUCAGUAAUCUGCAAAGCAAGAUGUUACCAGCAUAUUUCACCAUGGUGGGGAUUUAUCAGUAGCUUCAUUUGGGUAUUUGCAUCCAUGGAACUCUUCCACUGUAGCAGACAAGUACCAACUCGGCCUUUUGCUUUCAAUCUCACAAAUUUGUUUGUCUUCACACCCAUGACAAUUGAGAUAUUGAAGAAUAGAAGGGGCAUAAGGUAGAGAGGGAACAGAACAUUGUGGAAGAAGUGGGAUGGUCCGAAAAUGUGCAAGUUGCGAAGGUGAACCCAAAACUAGCAGCCAUAAAUAAGAAGUUCAGGAUGAUUCACGGGUUACUAUAUCUUGCCGAUAUUAUGGCUUUAGCAGCCUUGCCAUGCACUCAUAAUACUUGGCAGGUAAACUCAAUCUGUAGUUGGUAAACAAAACCCAAGUUCCCCUUUAUUUGGAGAUGGGGGAGGGAAAUGUUCUGGGAAUGACUGAAUGAAACCACUCAGAAUGUACACAUCCUCAUUGAAGGCCUCGUAUACGAUACAGGAAUAUUGGUAUACAUUUGAUUGAUUGAUUGAAGUGCCUCUCACCUAAACCAGGCUGAAGCUUUUGUGGAAUACAUGCUGACCAAGAUUUGACUAGUAAUUGGGGUUGGGAAGUAUUUUCUGCAAUCUGUAUCUUAACAAUAAGCAGCAGGCCGGGAGCCUGGUAUAUGAUGUUUGUGCAAAUGAACCAUUCAAAUCCUGCCACCUCAAUCGUUGAAGGCUACUUGAAGGAUUAUGUAUCACAUGGUCUUUCACCAUAAAGGAAAUUUGGAAUGCAUUUAACUGAUUGAAGUGGCUCUUAGCUAAACUAGGCUGAGGGUUUUUGUGGAAUGGACGUGUAUGCUGAAUGGAAUAUAGGUACAUGGCAUUUGCAAGGUUUUUGUACAUUCUGUAUCCUAACAAUAGACAUGAAGCUUGGAGAAAUGGUGUUUCUUUAGCUGUAUUCAGUCUGAAAGUGAGUGGACAUCCUCUCUACAAAACUGUUCCACCUCACCAUAGUCAAAGUAUGCAAUUUAUUACGGAUAAAAUUCAAGAUGCAAGGAAACCCGCAGGACGGACUAUCAAGCGGACACCAUAAAGGAAAUUUGGUAUAUAUCCAUUUGACUGAUUGAGUGAGGGCUCUCACAUAAACUAGGCUGAAGCAAUUUGUUGGUAAAUGGACUCUGAAAGCAUUUUGUGCAAUCUGUGUCUAAAUCAGUCAAUCUGAAAGAUUUGUUGGACACUCUCUCAAACUCUGCCAACAUCAUUGUUAUCAAAGGUAUUCUGAUUUUAGAUGAUGGGUGGAAGUUCGAUUGAUGAUGACUGGGAGCUUCCCUUUUCUAAUGCUGCUCGCACUGUGGUCUUGGUUAGUCGCACUGGUAAUGGAAAAAGCGCAACAGGCAACAACAUUCUUGGCAAAAAAGCAUGCACUGUGCUGUGGAUUCUGGUGUUGUUGAAACCAAACAUCAUGCGAGAAGUUCCUCCAUGCCUUCCAGUUUGGCUUUCAAAGUUUUGAGACUUCUGUGCCUCUUGCAGUCAACUGAAGUUGGAAUUAGCUCCAUUCUUGACGCAUCACUUGCUUCACCAGAAACAUCUGGAGUUUACUUUUUUGGUGGAAAGGGCCAGACUUUCAGCUCUUCUAUGCUUUCAUAUGAUGCUAAACUUGCAAAGGCACUUUGGAAUACAUCGUCUGAUCUAUUCUUAGAGUCACAGCUUGCUUUCAAGGAAACCUCUACUUCUGUAUCAAAUUGUGUAUCAUAGAAAUGAUAAAGAAGUUGUUGGAGUUAAUCUUAGUCAAUUACUGCUCUAUAAUCUUGAUAUUUCAGACAGGAUUUUGCACACGGUUGGACCCAGUCCACUAUUAAUAAUGGAGCAGCUGUUGAUAUAUGGACACCAUGUCAUAACUCAUAAGCUUUCUGUCUUUCGGAGGUCGGUAAAGAAUGCUGCUUUUCAAAUCGUGUGGCUUUAGUUUCUUUAUGCUUGCAAUUAUUAAAGAGUAAUAUUCAUAAUGCUCUGUUAAAUAAUAGUCACCAAGAUAAUAAUCAGUCUAACAGAAGCUGGAGAUGUUGUAGCCUAUUAUGGAAUUCGGGAUCAACCGACGCCGUUCAUGUUAUCAAUCAGUCACUUGACUGUUUCGUUUGACGGUUUGGUUGAGAGGUUAAAUCUCCAAUUGCCGUACUAGGAGCUGAGAUUGACAGCUACUCUCCACCAGAAUUCAUGAAAAAGUUUGAGGAGAUAUCCUAAACCUGAGGUUGAUAGCUAUGUGAAGAUAUUUCCAAAAGUUGCACAUGGUUGGGCUGUGAGGUACGAUGUUUAUGAUGCUGCUUCGAGUGCAGAGGAAGCUCAUAAUGACAUGUUGCAGUGGUUUGCUAAGCAUGCAAAGUAAUUAAAUAUUUAUCUGCUCCUCGUUCUGUUUCUGAUGAGAUCUAUAUCGAUUCUUAAAUGGUAGAAUAAUUCUUGGAACUCUGAUCCAAUUCGAAGUCAUGACUCAUGACAUAUUAAGUAUGAUAUUUAAUACUCUGCAUUCGAAUGGCUAAUUUAUUUUAAUUUAGUGAAGGAGUAUGCCAGAGUACUGUGAUAUGUAUAUAUUCCAAAACAAUGUUCUUAUUUCAAGUUGGA